GUCCUCCUAACAUACUUCCACUUUCGAAAGCAACGUAUUAUCCUUACAGCAUCAAUUGAGGUAGCAUGGGCAAGAUGCAUGAGCUCACGCUAUUUGGCGGCGAUAAGGAUUGGAAACAGUCAGAUUGGACUGCAAGCGAUGAUCGAGUACGAGGGGGCACAUCUCAGUCCUAUCUCGAAUGCAUAGAGUCAAAGGCCAGUUUCCAUGGCAUUCUCGACAUCCAGACUCUCGGAGGUGCCGGUUUCGCCAGCCAACGAACCACUGGCGAUGACCGAUCCUGGGAUCUCUCCGAUUACGACGGCAUCAAGAUUGAGCUUGGGGGAUCAGAUGGGAAGAAGUACACCUUCAUCAUGAAAGAUGAGCUUCUGCCGAAGAACCCCGCGGACGGAAGGGAACAAGCCACUACCUCUUACGAAUUUGACUUCAUAGUUUCAUCCAAUGCGGCAUCGGCUAAGAGUUCUUUCAUUUUCAUUCCAUGGGAGGACUUCAAGCCAACGUAUCGAGGAAAGGAGAAGGAUGCGCCCAAGCUCAACAAAAAGGAUAUACGGCGAAUCAGUAUCAUGAUGAGGAGUUUCUUUGGUGACCAGGAAGGGAACUUCUCGCUCACCUUGAAGUCGAUCAAGGCAGUGUCGCUGCCGGCUGAUCUAGAGGAAGGCUUUGUGGCUAAGAAGCAAGACUCACUGCCGGUUCAAAAUUGGGAGGACGGCCACGGAAGAUUUUCGUGCCUACCGACUCCGAGGUGCAUCCUAGUAUGUUGUAUCGUCGCAUUCGGAGCGUGUCGGUUCUUGUAUCCUUGGAUCUUAACCAGGUAUCAGAUGUGGCCUUUUAAUAGGUAGAGGGGGAAGGGUCAAGCAAAAGAUGCUGUAUGACAGGCGUGAGGUGUUCAAUAAGCACCUGCUCUAUGUCAUUUUCCAUUACAUUUCUAGAAUCGAG